UAUAACCUCGGUACUAAACUGAUGUUUUUAAGCCAGAAGGAUAUUCAACUUGAUCCCUCUGUUGCAUAUCUAAUAAUGGUGUAAUAUCAAGCAUCAUAUUGGCCAUAAUGUGCUGCUCGCUACCACUUACGUCAGCUCAGUGUCUGCCAGUGAUAAUAUAUCUCCCUGAGCGGCAGCCGCCUUAGCUGAUGCUUCCUACAUCACAUCGUAUCUUCCGUGGGAUGGAAGCAGUUGCCUGCGCGUAGCUGGUUCCCCCCUCCCCUUCCCCCUCCUCCUCCUCUCUCAAUGUAAACAGCUACAACAUUAGAUGAGCAUAAAACAUACAAAGGAAGCUAGCUAGAGGUGUGGCAGAGUCAGAGGAGUACGUGUGUGUGUGUGUGGUGUGGGAAGGGGCUGCCGCAGCCGUCACUAUGCCCCGCCUCUAACACGCUACCAACGCGACCAUUGGUGGUGUUGUCGGUGGUGUGGGAGGGCCGAGGCUGUGGGUGGGGUGAGCAUCGGGAACCACACAUGUGUGUCGGUGGCUGGGGAAUACUGGAGUGGUGCAGCCUCGUGUUGCUCGGCUCACGUUACGUGGUGUACUGUGCUGUGGCGCGCGCCGGUUGCACGUGUUGAGUUAGCAGGCAAGCUGAGCGCCGUCUCCCGUUUCCUGUUUCACAUGGGCGUCGGCUGAAUGAUGCCCUGCGACCCCCUGAUGAAGCCAAAACUCGGCUUCUCCAUCGAAUCCCUGGUGGGCGGUAAGGUAGGCUCAGAGAGCCGUGGGUCCCCGCCGCUGGCCGACACCUGUAGCGAUCGCGGUGUGUCCCCUCCCAUCUGCAUGCCUCCGUCGUCUCUAUCUCCCGGACCACCAGCCUUCAGCGACCUAAGGGCGCCCCUGGCCAUGAGGGCUCUCUUCGACGACAACAAACCAUUACCUAUCCAGCGACCGCAACCCAUUAAUGGCGCUGCGCAGAGGCUGUCGCAGGAAGUGAGCCUACCGCCAUCCCUGCUGGCGGCGGCGAAGCUACCCACAGGCCUACACCCGGCCCUCUUGCCGCACCACCUGAACCUGGCGCUGCCGCAGCUGCAGGGACUGCAUGGAGGGUUCCCGCCGCAGCUCAACCCACUGAUGAUGGGUGGCAGCGCCCCUGGCUUGGCCUCACACCUGCCCCGGGAGUACCCGCUAUACCCCUGGCUCCUCUCCCGUCAUGGUCGAGUCUUCCCUCACGGCCUCCCCAGUGAGUACCUCACAAUUGUUAACCUUCAAGUCACUUCCCCGUCCCUCCCUUGAACCUCUCGGUCAGUGCUCCGUCCCAUCUUUGUUACCCGCACUCACUACCUAAAACUGCCCUCAAAUUCUCAAGUGAAGAAAGAGGAAGAAACCGCCUAUUCACUGGAACUGUGCCUCUCAUCACUAAAGUCCAGGGAUCGAAUACCCGGACUGAAAAUAAAAAAAAAAAAGAA